AUGACUCUGCUCCUAGGAGCGGAGGUCUUCAACCUCUUAGGGACAGCCUCCCGCCCCUCUCCAUACCGGCGCCUCUUCUUCCUCCCCAUUCUCUUCCUAUCCAUCUGGCCUCUCUUCUCGCCCAUCUCCGACGCCGAAAGACCAGGCCAACCCUUCGUCGGCCUCCUCUACAGCCUCCUCUUCUCCGCCUCCGACAAAAUCCUCUUCACCGACAUCCAAAACGAACUGUAUCUGCGCUCUGACAAGGCCCUCACCGAUGCGGGGAAAGUGGAGCCCGUGUCGCAGCGGUCGGUGUGGGGUCGAGUGAAGUGGGCGGUGGAGCUCCGGCUGGCGCUGCGAGGCGUUGGGUGGUCCUUCGAGCCGUCGCCUGGCCACCUCCCGCCCCCGGCCCCGCAGCGCGGGAGGUGGACGUUCGUCCUCUGCCAGCUCCUCCGCGCGGUGUACCACGUCCUGUUCCUCGACGUGUUGUCUGCUGUGUGCAGGCUUGUGCCGUAUUUUGCGGAUUUUAGGGGUUUGAUGAUGGGAGGGUUCCCUGGUCGAUUAUCGGCGUGGAUGUUCAUUGUGGCGAGCCAUCAUGUCUUGUCGAUGCCGUUUUGUGUGGCUAGUGCGAUUGGUGUUGCGGUGGGAUGGGGCAAGCCGCGGGAGUGGCCGCAGGUGAUGGGGAACCCGCUGGACGCGUACACGGUUCGUCGAGCUUGGGGGAGGGUGUGGCAUCAGGCGCUUCGAAGGACGCUGACGUCCAAUGCGGACGUUGUCGCCUACAAGAUCCUGCGUCUCCCAAAGAAAGGGGUGGUAUCGCGGUACACCCGCCUCUUCGGCGCCUUCUUCUUCUCGGGGGUCCUGCACUAUUUCAUCGACUGCGUGGCGAUGGGUCACCGGGGUAGUCUAGCUAUCCGUACCUUCGUCCUCCAAGCUUGUGCGAUUACGUUUGAGGAUGCUGUGGUGGAGGUGGCGAAGAGGUGUGGCACGCCGAUUAGGCCGAAUUGGUUUACGAAGGGGGUGGGGAUGGUGUGGGUUGUGGUGUGGUUUGCGUGGUCUGCGGCGCCGUGGUUUUCUUGUACUGAGGAUGUGAAGAAUGUUGUGCAGGAUGGUAUGGAUCUUGGGGUUGGGACGAGGGUGGUGCAGUUUGUCAUGUCGAGGUUGUAG